AUGUCCCAACAAUACUCCAGCAGUACACAUAUAUACACUGACGCAUCAAAAAAUACCAACGGAGUGGGUUUUGCAGCAAUCACUGGAAAUGAAAAUCAUAAAUUUUCACUUCCUCCCAACACCAACAUCUACCCAGCGAAAACUUAUGCUAUCUUCGAAGCACUGAAAAUCGCCUCCUCCUCAAAUUCGGAUACUUUCGUUAUCAUAAGUGACUCUUUAAGUGCUCUAAAAUCCAUCUCAAAUCCCUACUCUAAGAAUGAACUAGUACAGAAUAUCCAGGGGCUGAUAUCAACAACUAAUAAAAUAUGCUCUUUCUUAUGGGUCCCUUCACACGUUGGUAUUUCUGGCAACGAAACAAAAGACAAAUUCGCAAAUAAAGCCACACUUCCUCACAAUGCCUUACAACUAAACUUAACCACAUCCGCAGAGUCACGCAACACCAUCAACCUCAAAAUUCUGGAAACUUGGCAGAAAAAUUGGAGCAACGUCCCCCUCUCAAAUAAGUUAAGGAACAUCAAGCCUCUCAUCCAAAAAUGGAACUUCCCUUGUAGUCUUAAAAGAAGAAACGAGGUCAUUAUAACUCGAGCAAGAAUAGGUCACACACACCUCACCCAUUCCUUCCUCAUCACCAAAGAACCUGCUCCAGUAUGCAACACAUGCAAGGAGAACCUCUCGAUCGACCACAUUGUCACUAGAUGCCCAAAAUACGCUGAACCUCGGAAAAUUUUCAAAAACUCAACAUCCCUCCGACUUGCCCUCGGCGAAAAUAACACUGAAGUCUGA